CCAAAAGUGAACACAACAACAGUGGUGAGAACCACAUGGUCGCAAAACUGAUCGCUCACACAAAUGAAACCCACCCCAUCUUUUGUGCCACUAACUUAUCUCCUUUUUUUCAGGUCUUUUGAUUUAUUGUAAUUAUUAAUUAUUAUCUGUUUUUUCUAAAUUUAUUGUAUUUAAUUAUAUUUAAUUGUUGUAAAUUUUGUUACUAAAUUAUUUAUUGUACCUAUUUAAACGGUUAGAUAUGCAACCGUAAGAGGGCAGAACUCGAGUCUGUUCAGUUGUAUAACGACCGUAAGGGUCCCCCUAGGGGCAAUAAAGGAGAACAACAUUUGAUUCAUUUUCUUUCUUGUUCCAUUGAAGUUUCCAUUCUCCUCGGUGAUUGUUCAACGUUCACAGAGUUAAUUACAACAAUUUAGUUAAUUUUAUUUCGUUUCAAUUAAAAAUAGUUAAAUAAUCAUGGGUUCGGAUAAAAGUUACGUUCAUUGUUUUAAAGAAAGAGAAUCAAUUUUAACUGAUAUUUUCAAGACAAACAUUCACAUCAAAUCAGCGUACAAUUUAAUUAUCUCGCUGUUUAUUUUAUUCUCUUUUACUCGUCUACAACAUUACCUAUUAAAUUAUAAUGAAUUAACAGAGGAUCUAUUUUACAUGCAAUGGGCCUUUGGCAAACUCCAUCUUGGUCUAACUGUGAUGUCUUAUCUUUUUGUUUGCUCAAUAUUCCAAUGGAUAAUAGUUCGAAAAAUCCAUAAAAUGUCAAUAACUUUCUGGAUAACAGAAUCUAUGCUAAUUUUAAUGUUCACUGUGAUACCUGUUAUUUUAAUCAAUCGAAUUCAGUUUUCACCAAUUUUAUCACUCGCCAUUUACUUGGAACAGAUUCGUAAUGCUAUGAAAAUGUGGUCUCUAGUUGUUGAAAACAUGGAAAUACCUUCAGGAAGUCGAGCAACUUUCAAACAAUUUUGCUAUUUCAUGUUUGCACCAACAUUAAUUUAUCGACCAUCAUAUCCAAGAUCAAAAACUCGAAGCUGGAAUAAAGUUUUAUUCCUCUUUCUUCAAUUCUUAGCAUCUAUUUUUGCUGUAUUUGCAAUCGCUCGACGUUUUGUAGUUAACAAUUUCAGCUCAACCGGAAUUGUGCCCUUGAAAAUCAAUGAACUACCCGUUAUCAUAUCAACUGCCCUGGUCUGUGGUUUAAUUGUUAAAUUCAACGUAAUGUAUGGUUUCUUACACUCGUGGUUAAAUAUGUGGGCUGAAAUGUUACAAUUUGCAGAUAGACAUUUCUAUGAUGCUUGGUGGUUAUCAUCAUCAUAUGGUGAAUAUUAUCGUAAAUGGAAUGCUGUUGUCCAUGUUUGGUUGCACACAUACAUUUACAAUCCGCUUAACAAGAAAUAUGACAAUCGUAGUUUAGCUGCUUCGUCAACGAUGAUUAUAUCUUCAUUAUUUCACGAAUAUGCUCUAGCUUUGGGAUUUGGUUUCUUUUAUCCAGUUUUAACUCUAAUGUAUUUUAAUGGCGUUUAUUUAUAUUUUGCAACAAUUCGAUUCAGUGGUAAAACUAAUUCAGUUAUGAAUAUUUCAAUUUUUGCCUCUUUGAUUGUUGGAGUUGCCCUUCAAACUAUGUUAAUACCCAUGGAAUGGUAUUCGAGAAUUAAUUGUCGACCGGUUUAUAAGGAUUUCUUACUGGAUUUUAUUGUUCCAAGGACUCCGUUUUGUGUCCGAUUUGAAUAAAUUAAUGGUUUCCUAUCAUCAACAUCUCAAUAUAAUUAUUAUCAUCAUCAUCAUCAUCCAUCACUUACAACUAGUUUUGUUAUUACCAAUGAUCAUGGAAUCAACUUAAAUUGAAUCAUUUGUCUGAAAAACGAUUUAUUUUUUACUAAAUUUUACAUCUUUAUCACAUAUUGUGUAUUAAUUGCUAUUAAAUUGCUCAAAGACGAUUUUGAUAAGUUCAAUAUCGUUGGGACAAUUGAAAAA